AUGAAUAAUUAUUCUGGUCGGGGUGGCCGCGGUACAUUCAAACUUUCCAACGCUACCUUGGAGAAAAAGCUAACCUUGGCACUAGAAUCGUACCGCAACCUGGUCGAAAGCUUCGGCCAGAUGACGACGCUCAAUGCGCUGCUCGAACUGUUCGAAGAAGGGCCACUGGGCCCGGGGGUGCUGGGCUCCCCGGGCCAACGCUCAGUAGCCUCAGCUAUACACACAGCAGCCUCAGAGACGCCCAACAACCUCAGUUUAAUGCAUAAGAGCCUUAGUUCCACGCCCAGACGCGCAGAAGCCGCAGAGACGCGCAGCAGCCUCAGAGACGACCAGCAUCCCCAGUUCCACGAUCAGGGACCUCAGGUCCAAGCCCAGCAGCUCAAUGUCCAGCAUCCCCAAUUCCACGAUCAGAAGCCUCGGUUCAACGACCAGCAAGCUGGCACCUGGGUCGCGUGGAGGCCCAGGGGGGUUGAUGACCCCUGGGCCGAUGAGGUAGAGGAGAUGGGGAGGAGAAUCGAAGAGUUAUAG